AUGCCUCCAAAUCUAAGAAAGAAGAGAAAGAGGCCAUCUAAGUCACUAGUGGAAGAUGAAAAAGAGAAUCAGUCAAAGUUGGUUGGAUUCAAGACUAGUAUUGUCAGACCAAUAGUAAAUCCAAAGUCAGAAAUACUGGAUUUAAAAACAUUAAGCGAUUCUAAAAACGACGAGAAUCUUAUAAAUACGUUGAAUCAAUUUGAUUUAGACCACAACUUUGGUCCAUGUAGUGAAAUUUCCAGAUCUCAAAGACUUGAAAGAGGCAAGAAAUUUGGGAUAUCUAUAGACUUGAAUAUAGAGAAGGCUAUAAAUGAUCAUUGCGGAGAUCAUAAUAGUGAAAUGUCAGUUUCAAUAAUAGAUAAACUUAUGAAGCACUACGUUGAUUAG